AUGCCACUUAGUUCAUUAUUAGCAACAAGACCGAGCAAAAGUGAUCAAGCAAAACAAUUAAAAGAUCUAUUUAGUAUUAUUGAAAAUGAAGAUAAAGAGAAAAAGAAUUAUGAUGAUGUAAUUAAAAAUAUUCAUAAAGCAUUGUUAUUAUUGAAAGAUGGAUUAUUUGGCCCACGUGAUGGAAGUUCAGAACCACCCAUAAGUGAUGUAUCACAAUUAUGUAGUGGUAUUUAUUCACAAGAAUUGAUACAAAUUAUGAUUAAUAAUCUCAAUCGUGUGACAUUCGAAGAUCGAAAAGAAAUUGUUGCAAUAUUUAAUAAUUUAUUACGUCGACAAGUUGGUAGUAAAUAUCCAGCUGUUGAUCAUCUUAUGCAGCGACCGAGAAUAUUAUUCAAAUUAAUUGAAGGUUAUGAAAAUGCUGAUAUUGCAUUAAAUUGUGGAAUGAUGUUACGUGAAUGUAUACGUGUUCAAGAAUUAGGUGAAAUUAUACUAAGAUCAUCAGAGUUUUAUAAAUUUUUUGAUUAUGUACAAAAAUCAACGUUUGAUAUUGCAUCUGAUGCAUUUGCAACAUUCAAAGAUUUAUUAACCAAACAUAAAGCAUUGUGUGCUGAUUAUCUCGAACGAAAUUAUGAUGCAUUUUUCAAUAAAUAUAAAGAUUUACUGAAUUCUGAUAAUUAUGUGACGAGACGACAGUCGUUGAAGGUAAGACAAACGAGAAUUGUAAGAUCUAUGUAAUAUAGCGACUCUUUUCUGCAUGUUUUGACGAGAUUUUACUCGUAUUGUGUGUUAACGCUAACUCAGUUAUAAAAGAUGAUUUUAACUUUGGACUACUCACUAUACAGUGAAUCGAAAACUUAUUCCUCGAUCCCUACACUAUCACUUUGUUUUGUUUGCCAGGCCCUAUUCCUUUAGGAUGUUGAGGUGAUAAACAUUUUGUUUAAAAUAACUAGUCACAUUUCAAAAAGAAAUUAAUCGUGACGAUCUAGAAGCUUGGAAAUGUAUGCUUUGGAUGGCAUUUGAAUAAAUAUGG